ACGAAAGCUUGAUAAGCAAUCAGAAGUAUUUUAAAUUCUCAUCUUGCAUUCUAUUUUCUCCUCUCUUCUUAUUGUCCUUCAGAUACCGCCAAUCCAGGUCGCGUUUGUUGUGACCGGGCGUUCGGGUCAACGAGUGUAAUGGAUGCAGCAUCCACGUUAGAACGUGCCACGGAGCUGAUCAAAUGCUGCAAAGUGCCCCGACUGUCGACCAGCAUCGAGGAUGGCCCUUUGGAGCGUGCCACAUUCGAGCCGUUCCUGCACGUGCUGGAUGCGUCACUUCCGGCGGUAUUCGAUCUGCUGGCAGCGCACGGUGCUGAUCUGACCGGCCACGACGUGUACAACGAGAACGCCAACGUUGAGUUCAAAGCGGGACUAGUACUUGUGAUAAGCGAGCAGUACAGUAGCGGGACCACGGGUAGUGGAAGUGGGUCCUUCCGCACCGGGAAGACGUCAUUACAGAACCGCAUCGCAAAGUUCUACCAGGGCCACGAACUGGAACAACUGCUGACUGACAAGGGCAGUGAACGGGUUUGGUGUCACUUGUAUGGCCACUAUCGACGCGUGUUAGCGUCGGUGGCAGAUGAGUGGAAGUAUCAUCCGGCCGACGUGGAAGGGUUCGUUCAGCUGGUGGAAUUUCUGUACGGAUCGUACGGAUUUUUGCAUGACUCCACGCGACCGAUCCUUGACGAUGAUGCAGCAACGUUUAUCCUGUCGGUUGGCGUUGCCCUGGUGGAAUUUUUCGAUCCAGCGUACAAACUGUUGGGUUUGAGGUUGUUUUGUGUGCUGUUGGGACAUCGGCACCGAACCAUCAUGCGACGGACAAACAUCCACCACGUUGUGUUCAGCAAUGCGAAGAAGAUGGCCAUCACAACCAUCCAAGAUGAACCGUUUCUUGAGGCUCUCUGGAGAUGUAUCUUUUUGUACGUGGAGCUGGAAGAGGUCGAUAAAACGGAUUUCACACAGUGGAACACCGUCGACGAUAUUAUGGAGGUGUUGCUUAAUGUGCUUAUGCACGAAUCGAAGCUGACCACGGCGGGCAUUUACCUGUUGUACCUGUUAAAAAUGCUCGCACUCGAUUUGCCCAACUACGUCAUCGACGCCCUAGAUGAGAUCCAAUCGAUCGACCGUAAAUGCCACCUAUACGAACCGGUGUGCGAGCAGCUGCGACACGACUGCCUCGAGGGUAGCUUCCGGAACCGGCGGUACUAUCGGUGGGUAAACCGGAUCAUCGAGUUGCUGCCUCACGAAGCGGUCAAGUGUCAGGGAAUGACGCGCGAGAACGGCCGAUACUGCCAUGGUGUUAAUCUACUCUUCAUACUGGUCACGUUCCCGGUUGAACCGGAAGCACUGCGCGCCCAUGUAGGGAUGCAGUCCAAUCUGGUCGAGUUUAUCAACGUUUUCAAGGUGUAUGAACAGCGGCAGAGUGCCAUCGCAGCGGCGCGACCAAGCGCGUCCAGUGAUUUUGUCUACAACACCAAAGCACUGGUUUCCGUCAGCAAAACGAUGCUCGUUUUUCUCACCGCACUCGCGCCACACUACUUUCUCGAGCAUCCCGGAAUGGCGUCACUCGGCAAGCAGCUGGCCAACGAUUACGCAGAUUGCGAUUCCAUUAUGUACAAUUGUAUGCAGAGCCUAAUCGAGAAGCUAAGAUAA